UGAAUACAAAUUACAAACACCCCAAAGAAAUCCGUACUUCCCAACGAUUUCCCUUGCUUCCAUUCUUCUUGCUAAUCAACCCCCCGAAACACCGACUUCUCCUAUUCAGAUCUCGUUGCUUUUGUCUCGUUUCAAUUCUAAUCUCCAGGUCCCGUACAAUGAGUCGCUACGAUUCCAAUCCUUUCGACGAGGAGGUCAAUCCCUUCGCGGAUUCGGCAGCUCGAGGGAAAGGAUCAGGCCAAUCAAACUAUGGUGGGGGUGCAUUUUAUAUGCCAAAUCCUGGAAGUGUUCCUCCUGCAACUUCAAGGCUUUCACCCCUCCCACAUGAACCUUAUGACCGUGGUGCUACAAUUGAUAUUCCUCUUGAUAAUGCAAAGGAUUUGAAAUCAAAGGAGAAGGAACUCCAGGCUAAAGAAAUUGAGUUGAAAAGGAGAGAACAGGAAAUAAAGCGGAGGGAAGAUGCUAUAGCAAGAGCUGGAAUUGUUAUAGAGGAGAAAAACUGGCCCCCAUAUUUUCCUAUUAUCCAUCAUGACAUUGCAAAUGAAAUACCUGUCCAUCUACAAAGAAUUCAGUAUGUUGCUUUCACAACAUAUUUGGGUUUGGUUUUGUGUCUUUUGUGGAAUAUCAUAGCAGUUACCACGGCUUGGAUAAAAGGCGAAGGGCCGACAAUUUGGUUUCUUGCUAUCAUAUACUUCAUAUCAGGCGUUCCUGGAGCGUAUGUGUUGUGGUACCGCCCUCUUUAUCGUGCUAUGAGGACUGAUAGUGCUCUGAAGUUUGGUUGGUUUUUCCUGUCUUAUGUGAUACAUAUUGCCUUCUGCAUCUUUGCUGCAGUUGCUCCUCCAAUUAUUUUCAAAGGGAAAUCUCUCACAGGUAUUUUGCCUGCAAUUGACGUGUUAAGCGGUCAUGCCUUGGUUGGGAUAUUCUACCUCGUUGGAUUUGCCUUGUUCUGCAUGGAAUCAUUACUAAGUAUCUGGGUUAUUCAGCAAGUAUACAUGUAUUUCCGAGGCAGUGGCAAGGCUGCUGAGAUGAGGCGUGAAGCGGCAAGAGGGACCAUGAUGGCAGCACUAUAACAUGGCACAUAUUGAACUGAGAUGCUACUUGUGAUUGGAUUUCGGCUGAUUUGCCUGAAGAGUUGAUUUCUUGAUUCGUUCACUCACCCGUUUCGGCCUGCUCUGCAGAAAUACUUGUGGCUCUGGGUGCUUUUCCUUCUGUAUUUUGUUACAAAUAGGAUGAAUUAGAAUUGGCUUAAAACACAUUUUACUGCUGUACUUUGGGUCCGGCGGGAUGAGAUAUCCCCACCUCACCCACCAGCCCCUGCCACGUGGCACGUACCUUCGAUUUGGGAAAUUGAGAUUGUAGAUUUUGUUCAUGGUAGUAUUGCAUCUUAUCGGACAUUGACGGGCCUCAAAUGAAUUAGAUGACAAGUUCCUCUCGUCAA